UCCCUAGGCGCCUUGGGUGACAGUUCUCCGCGACGGCCGGGGUGGGCCGCGGUGGGCCGGGGGCGGGGUGGCGUGUGGAUCCGGGAGGGGGCUUGGGAGGUGCCCCUGCUAACCCCUACUCGUCUGAGAGGCCGCGAGGUUUCAGCCUGAGAUCCCGUGACGGCGAGAAAUCUCGCGAUUUCUCGGGAGAGGAAUCGGUUAGGCGCCGGUAUUCCCACUUCAGCCGCGCGCCCCGUUUUAGUGCGCUUCCUCAGCCUUCGUGUUGGAUGGCCAGUUUUUCCUUUGUGCGUCAUCCUUUUCCUGAGAAAUGGUCGCUUGCCCCUAGUCUAGACACGGUGAGGCGCUCUGAGGAUAAGAAUCUUUGGGCCCUAGUUUCGAGGCGGCCUGGGAGGGGCCUAGUUUUUCAAUCUCUCCUACACCCGCCCCUUCUGCCGGGGACGGUCGUUGCUCAGAGAUCCAACCCAUGGACAUUGGCAUUCUGUGGCAAGUUAGUCAUGCUCUGACCAUAGUACUUAUCACGUUUAUUCGAGAAGGCCACCUCCUGCUGACCCUGGGCCAGGUAUUGCUCCGGAAGUUGUUCUCGUUAGCAUCAGUUUUUCACUAAAGGGCAGUAUUUAAAAUCAGUUUGCAAGCAGUGGAGUAAGACUUUUGUAAAGAAACCUUGUGCAGCAUGGAUUCUCUACCAGAAGAAUUUUUUAUGAGGCAUCCCCGUGUGGAGGAUCAGAGGAAGGAAGAAACUGAGAAUAAGCCAGAAAAAUCAUCAUCUGUUCAACUGGACAAACAGGAAAAGGAUGUUUCUACUGAUCUUGUUCCUGUUAACCUACUAUUAGAAGUGAAGAAGUUAUUAAGUGCAAUUAAUACUCUACCAAAAGGUGUGCUUCCUCACAUUAAGAAGUUCUUACAAGAAGAUUUUUCCUUCCAAACUAUGCAGAGAGAAGUUGCAGCUAACAGCCAGAAUGGUGAGGAAAUUGUUCCUGCUUUGACUUUACGUUUCUUGAUAACACAACUGGAAGCAGCACUCAGGAACAUUCAAGCUACUAAUUAUACUGCACACCAGAUUAAUAUUGGUUAUUAUUUGACAUUACUGUUUUUAUAUGGAGUAGCACUCACUGAAAGAGGAAAGAAAGAGGAUUAUACGGAAGCUGAGAAUAAAUUUCUCGUGAUGAAGAUGGUGAUCCAAGAGAAUGAAAUUUGUGAAAACUUUAUGUCUUUAGUUUAUUUUGGACGUGGUUUACUGCGAUGUGCUCAGAAGAGAUAUAAUGGGGGACUGCUAGAAUUUCAUAAGGGCUUACAAGAAAUUGGAGAUAUAAAUGACCAUUGGUUUGACAUAGAUCCUACAGAAAAUGAAGAUUUACCUACAACUUUUAAAGAUCUUCUUAAUAAUUUUAUCAAGACAACUGAAAGUAAUAUAAUGAAGCAGACCAUUUGUAGUUACCUAGAUUGUGAACGAUCUUGUGAAGCUGACAUUUUGAAGAACACCAGUUAUAAGGGAUUUUUUCAGUUAAUGUGCAGUAAAAAUUGCUGUGUUUAUUUCCACAAAAUCUGCUGGAAAAGGUUCAAGAAUUUAAAAUAUCCAGGUGAAAAUGAUCAGAGUUUUAUUGCGAAGAAAUGUUUGAAGGAAGGAUGUACAGGUGACAUGGCAAGGAUGCUGCAAUGUGAUGUACCUGGAAUUGUUAAAAUUUUGUUUGAAGUUGUGAGAAAGGAUGAAUAUAUAACCAUUGAAAAUUUAGGAGCAAGUUACAAAAACUUGGUUUCUCUGAAAAUAGCUGAUACUGAUAUAAGACCGAAGAUCAGUUUAAAAUUUAACACAAAAGAUGAAAUGCCUAUCUUCAAGCUUGAUUAUAAUUAUUUCUAUCAUCUGCUUCAUAUAAUUAUUAUUUCUGGUACUGACAUUGUGCGGCAAAUAUUUGAUGAGGCUAUGCCACCCCCUCUUUUGAGAAAAGAGCUUCUUAUACACAAGAAUGUGCUGGAAUCUUACUACAACCAUCUCUGGACCAAUCAUCCUUUGGGUGGAUCAUGGCAUCUGCUUUAUCCUCCAAACAAGGAGUUACCACAAUCCAAACAGUUUGACUUAUGCCUCCUGUUAGCUCUCAUAAAACAUUUGAAUGUGUUCCCUGCACCCAAAAAAGGAUGGAAUAUGGAACCGCCAUCUUCUGACAUCUCUAAAUCUGCAGACAUCCUGAGACUGUGCAAAUACAGGGAUAUCCUCCUUAGUGAGAUUUUGAUGAAUGGUCUCACUGAGUCACAAUUCAAUUCAAUUUGGAAAAAAGUUUCAGAUAUUCUUCUGCGCCUUGGGAUGAAGCAAGAAGAUAUUGAUAAAGUGAAGGAGAAUCCCAUUGAGAAUAUCUCCCUUGAUUACCAUCAGCUAUCCAUCUACCUAGGCAUACCCGUACCAGAAAUCAUACAGAGGAUGUUAUCCUGCUAUCAACAAGGAAUUGCUCUACAGUCAAUAACGGGCAGUCAGUGUAUUGAAAUAGAAGAGUUACAGAAUGAGGAAGAAGAAUUAAGUCCACCUAUCAUGGAAUACAAUAUAAAUGUGAAAUCAAACCCUGAAAUACAGUUUGCAGAAAUUAAUAAAGAUGGGGCCUCAAUACCCAGUGAAUCUUCAACAGAAUCUCUUAAAGAUCUCCAGGAAGUUAAGAGUAAACAAAGGAAAAAGAAAAAAACUAAGAAUAAAAAGAAUACAGACUCAAAUGAAGAGCAAGUCCCAUAUAUGGUAGAAAAGGAAGAGCAGUUGAAGAAAGAAGAAGCAAAUCCACACUCAGUCAGUAGAUUUAUAAAAGAUGAUGCAAGUGAUGUUCAAGAGGAUUCUGCAACAGAAGAUAAGUUUUAUAGCCUGGAUGAAUUGCAUAUUUUGGACAUGAUAGAGCAGGGCUCAGCUGGCAAGGUAACUACAGACUAUGGAGAAACUGAAAAGGAAAGGCUUGCUCGUCAAAGGCAGCUUUAUAAAUUGCACUAUCAGUGUGAAGAUUUCAAAAGACAGUUGAGAACAGUGACUUUUCGGUGGCAAGAAAACCAAAUGCAGAUUAAAAAGAAAGACAAAAUUAUUUCAUCUCUUAAUCAACAAGUGGCUUUUGGAAUCAAUAAGGUUUCCAAAUUACAGCGUCAAAUCCAUACUAAAGAUAAUGAAAUCAAGAACCUUAAAGAACAACUUUCCAUGAAAAGAUCUCAGUGGGAAAUGGAAAAGCAUAAUCUGGAAAGCACAAUGAAAACAUAUGUGAGCAAACUGAAUACAGAAACUGGCAGAGCUUUAACAGCCGAGGUGUAUUUCUUACAGUGUCGUAGGGAUUUUGGUUUGCUUCAUCUAGAGCAGACUGAAAAGGAAUGUCUCAAUCAACUUGCCAGGGUGACUCACAUGGCAGCAAGCAACCUAGAAUCACUUCAAUUAAAAGCUGCGGUAGACAGUUGGAAUGCCAUAGUGGCAGAUGUUAGAAACAAGAUUGCAUUCCUCAGGACACAGUACAAUGAACAAAUAAACAAAGUAAAGCAAGGAUUUGCCUUGAGUACCUUGCCUCCAGUCCAGCUUCCUCCUCCACCACCCAGUCCUGAGAUACUGAUGCAGCAGUUCUUAGGAAGACCCCUUGUGAAAGAAUCUUUCUUUAGACCCAUACUUACUGUUCCCCAAAUGCCUGCAGUUUGCCCAGGAGUCAUCUCUGCAACUGGCCAACCUAGAGCCCCCCUGAUGACUGGCAUAGCCUGGACUCUGCCAGUGCCUGUAGGAGACGCUGUGCCCCCCAGUGCAGGUCUGGGGAGUGAUCCCUCCAUGAUGAAUUGGGAGAGAAUUACAGACAGGCUGAAAACUGCCUUUCCACAACAGACCAGAAAGGAACUUACAGAUUUCUUACGAAAAUUGAAGGAUGCUCAUGGGAAGUCCUUGUCUGGACUGACAUUUGAUGAAAUUGUUUGCAAGAUUUCCCAGUUUAUUGACCCCAAAAAAUCUCAGAGUCAAGGAAAAUCAGUGUCAAAUGGUAAUUGUGUUUCACCUAGUCAUUCUCCAUCACAGCCUAAUGCUGCCCAGCCCCCAAAACCAGCCUGGCGGCCCCUCACUUCACAAAAUUCUGCCACAUGGGAAGGAGCCAAUAAGCCAGAUGAGGAAGAGGAGGAAGAAGAGCCUUGUGUGAUCUGUCAUGAGAAUCUGUCUCCAGAAAACCUUUCAGUUUUGCCUUGUGCUCACAAAUUCCAUGCUCAGUGCAUUAGACCAUGGUUGAUGCAACAGGGGACAUGUCCAACCUGCAGACUCCACGUUUUGCUACCGGAAGAAUUCCCUGGUCAUCCUAGCCGGCAGUUGCCCAAGAUCUGAUAUAAGGUGGGGGGUGCCUAUGCAGGGGAAGCUCAGUUUUCAGACUCCAAAAUUUAGGUCUGCCUUUUAUUAUGAGCUGCUUGUGUAAGUGGUGUAAAGCUGUGUGCUCUUCAAUACAGUGUUAAAGAAGCUGGCUAAUCUUAUCAAAACAGCAGCCAAAGAAGUCAGGACAAAUCUUCAGGACUUGUGAGCUGAACUGAAGGGGCUUGAAGCAGAUGGAAUUUUAAUAGUUACACUAUAUUUGCUCUUAUCUUAGUAGGUUUUUUCUUGUAAUGGAAACAUGCUAACUGUUAGUAUAUUUCUUAGGAUGUUUUGAUGUUUUUUCUUGUCUUUUUAAAAUUCUUAUUUUACUCAUCCGUUACUCACUCCUCAAGUAUUCUACACUAUAAUUUCCUGAAAUAAAUUUAAGCAAGAAGAAAAGGGAAAUAGUAAAGAAGUAGGAA